AUGGAUGAGCAGGAGCAGGCGUUUCAAGCUCCAGCAGAAAAUGUUUGCCAUAUUUUCUUGGCAUCAACCAUUGCGGAGUCCUCUGUCACUUUGCCCAAGGUCCGAGUGGUGAUUGACACAUGCCUUCGCCGACAACUGUCUCCUGACAAAUCACGCCACGGCGUCAACUGCCUUUUGACACAGUGGGUCUCACAUGCUUCAGCAUCUCAACGAUCUGGACGCGCAGGCAGAGUUUAUCCAGGAGUGUCAAUCAGGUUGGUGCCCAGGACAUUCUACACCCAGCACAUGGCACAAUAUGAUGCGCCGGAAAUCGAGCAGGCUCCGCUUGAGAAGCUCUAUCUCAAUGUGAAGCAACUCUCACAAAGAUUGCGGGAGCGCUUGCCUCGUAUUGGCUCACUGCCACCGCGCCGGCUUCUGCAGCUGACGGUACAACCCCCUCCAAUGGAACGGCUGGAGGAAGCUGUCGGCACAUUGGCAGAGCUGGGGGCGCUGACCACAAAGCGAGAUGAAACCGCUCGCAUCACUGUGCUGGGUCGCAUGGCCAUCUCCCUUCCCCUUGAUCUACGCUUGUGCCGUUUAAUCCUUUUUGGCGUACUCUUCGGCUGUGCAGCAGAUGCUGUGGUGAUGGCAACUGCUUUGAGCGGCCAAGAUCCUUUUACAAUGCCCAUGAGCAUUGUUAUCAAGGACCAUCUAAAAUACGCCCGUGCAGUGAUGCGUUCCUUCGACUCCCGCUGGCACUUCGAUGCGGGUGCCCUGAGUGAGCCAAUCAUGCUGCGAAAUCUCUUCAAAGCCUGGCUGAAAGGUCUUGGCCAAGACAAUGAAGCCUUGGGAAAUAAAUUACGCUUCACUAGCGGUUCCAGUCAGCGCCAUGUUUUUGUAAAGCAUGCCCAUGAUUUUGCAAAGAAUCACGCUGUCAUGCCAAAGAGGCUAACGCAACUGGCACUUUCCGUGGUGGACGUGGCGCAAAGGACCUUGGAAUUUCUUGCGCCGAACGAGUCCAACACCAAGGGCUUAGCCAGCCCUUCGCGAGUUCGUUUGGAAGGCUUGCUAAUGUCCAUGGGCAUUCAGCCAGAGAGAAGUGUUGAUCCGAAAGCCAAAGACACAGCAAAAGCCCCCGACAGCGCAGCUUCUCAGGCGAGUCUGAAUCUUGAAGAGCUCUUCAGCGAGGACCUGCUACUACUGAAAACAACAUUGACAGCUGCAUUUACACCGCUAUAUGCGCACGGCAUUCCUCGGUGCAUGGAUUACACUAGCAUUGCCGGACCAGAUGUCAGAGAUAGUGAUAGCGAUGCACCAAAGAAGAACUCUAACCUGGUGGUGAAAGCAGAUGCUCAGUUGGCAAAGGUUCACACUCAAGCCCUGUCGAGACCGGAUGUUGAACCCAAGUCCUUCUUUUGCAUUCCCCAGGUGCCAGAGACUUUGGCUCAGCAACCAGCAACGGAUAGCUGGUCAUUCUCGAUGCGGGACUUGCUGACUGCAAAUGGCGGCAAGUUCAAAAAACUGCAAGUGAGUCAGGGCCAGGCGUUCCUGACUUACGAAAGCAUGAAAGAUGAAGAUGGUGCUAGUGAAGAAAGCGAGGAUGAGGAGAUCCGGCCGCCGGACACCUUGAUUCAGGAUGUCCAUGAGCAUAUGCAGCUACCGCCACUGGAGGAGGACCUCUCCGGAGAUGAGCGACGUCCGAAGCGGCAAGCCUCCAGCAGUGAGUCCACCAAGAGGAAGCGGAGGCGUGAUGCAGAGGAGGCUCAGCAAAGCAGGGAGGCAGCGGCCGUGCCAGAGCCAGAGGUCAGCGAUCCAAGAGAGAGCCAAGGCAUGAGCUUCCAAGCAGCUACGGGCGAGUGGCAAUGGUCAACUGCAGCCGCCAAACGAGACGAGUCAGAUGAGGAGCAAAAUAAGGACGAGGAAAAAGGGUCAGAAGAUGAAAGAGAAAAGGACAGAAGGAAAGAAAAGGAGAGAGAUCGCAGGAAAGAGAAAGAGACCAAAGAGAGAGAGAAGAAAUCAAAGAGAGCAAAGGCAAAGAAGAAGAAGGAGGAGUCAAGCAGUAGCGAGUCUGAAUCUGACUCUUCGGAAAGAAGCCGACGUAAAAAGAAAAAGAAAAAAGAGGCCAAGCGUAGAAAGAAAAGUCGGUCAAGGAAGAAGAAAAAGAGGGAAGGUGCCUGUCUUGAGAUUGAAAGCUCAAGCAGUGGAGAUUUGGAGAUAGUUGCGGAGGAGAUUGUGGCAGAAUCCGGGGCACUCUUGGCGCUGCAAAACGCAACUGCCACUGAGCCCACAGAAGCAACAAUGGAGACCGCCUUUGAGGAAGUGACAGAAGAGCAGCGUGAGAAGCAACGACGUCGCCUUGAACGCUUUCGGGCCAUGCAAGCGCAAGCUGGCUUGGAGGGUGACGAAGAGGAGGGCAAAGCCACGAAGAGAAUGGAACUUAAGGGUGCAGAAGGCGGAGCGUCCGUCCUUGCACAGCUGAAGGCCAAGGCAGAAGAUGCGAAAGAUUUGAAGGAGGACAUAGAGGACGAUCAAAAGUCACCGACUUCUGCCGGAGAGGAGAGCAACAAUGAGGCAGAAGCGGCUGAAGGAUCCAAAGGCACCAAAGCAACUGCAGCAACCACUGAGAAGACGCCUCUGAAGGUGCCAGCUGAGGAAAACAACUCGAAGACGGAACAGUCUAAAGAUGGAGAAGAGGACCCCGCUGAAGAAGAAGAAGAGGGAUCACCAGUGGAUGUCAACGAACCCGACCUUCGCUGGGAGCGCAAAACUGUGCCAAAAGCUCCCAAAGCCACCGAUGGACCAAAACGCGGAGUGCAGUUCGGGGGAAAUCAAAAAGCUGAAGGCCCUGGCUCCGCCUCACCCGAGAGUGACACAGAGCUCUUCCAAGAUGUGAAAAGAAAGGAAGGAGCAGAGUCAGGCACAUUGACUGGUGAGACAAAACAGGAGCAGCCAGACGCUGCCGAAACAGGUGCCGAGUCGCAGGGUAGUGACACCGAGCUGUUCCAAGAUUUGAAAAAAGACAAGGAUGCGAAGGGCGCAAAUGACUCGAAGGAUGAGUUUGCCAACUUCCUCGAUGAAAUCAAGGAGUUAGAUGCCUUAGCUGAGACACCUGGUGCUGAGGUGGAGGCAUUACUUGAAAAUCAGGAGGAGACCAAGCCUGCUCCCGCACAUGAAGGAGUUGGUCUAAAGUUCAAAGAGCCUAAGGAUCCUAAGGCAGAGUGA